GCUCGGUGGUGUGCGCGCGGGUUCGUGCGCGUUUGCAGGUCACUGCGGCAGCUGAGGACGCGCUCCACGCCGGAUCCCGCCGUGAACAUCCAACAGGUGCUGUUAUCACAGAUUUUCCCUGAACGAAGCCGAAGCCAGUGCGAUAUAAGUGGGGAUGACUCGGCUGGGCGCCGCGAUGCUGCUGUUGGCAGCCCUGACGGCGGGCGUGGGCGCGGCCGGCAAGAUGCGCAUCCUGAACGCCUGGCGGACGCUAGACUUCGCCUUUCCGUCGGAACGCACCCGCCAGGCCAUGAUACGCAACGGCUCCUACGUUCCGGGGAACUCCAUCCCCAUUGACGUGCAGCCUUGGCAGAGCGAGCGCGGCCUGUGGAGCCUGCUGGUGACGGUCCCGAGGUUCAAGAAGGGCGUGCCCGCCACGCUGGCUGUCGUACCGCCCAAGGGAGACACCGGGACGCCGCUGCUGCCCUUCCCGGACUGGCGCUCCAACCUGCAGGGAAACUGCGACGGCUUCACCUCCGUCUUCAGGGUACAGGUUGACGCUUGCGGCCGGUUGUGGAUUCUGGACACCGGCUUCGUCGACAUUCUGACGAGCGACUUCAGGCGGAUCUGUCCCACGAAGGUGGUGGUGUUCGACAACCGCGGCGAGAGGACGCUGAGCUACGAGUACCCGCACGACGUGCUGACGGCCUCGUCGCUGCUGGUCACCAUCGCCGUGGAGUCGCGCGACGCGGCGUGCACGCAAAACUUCGCGUACGCCGCCGACGUGACGGGCUUCGGGCUGGUCGUGCUGGACGAGCAGCGGCGGCGCUCGUGGCGCGUCACGGCCAACUACUUCUACCCCUACCCCCAGUGGGGCCACUUCGACCUGAACGGCGACUCGUUCGACCUGAUGGACGGCGUGCUGGGGCUGGCGCUGGGGCCGCCCCAGGCUGACGGCGACCGCCGCCUCUACUUCCACAGCAUGGCCUCCGACCGCGAGUCCGCCGUGGCCACGUCCGUGCUGCGCAACCAGUCGCUCUUCGAGGACGGCGUCAACCACGCCAGCCACGAGUUCCUGCUGCUGGGCGAGCCGCGGCCCGGACAGACAGCGGCCGAGGCGAUGGACGUGGACGGCGUCAUGUUCUUCAGCGUGCUGCCGCGGAACACGCUCAGCUGCUGGAACUCGCGCUCCACCUACGGCGGCCGCAACAUCGUCGAGCUGGACCGCGACGCAGACAACCUGCAGUUCGCCAGCGGCGUCAAGGUCAUCCAGGACAGCAAGGGCCGCAGCCACCUCUGGGUGCUCACCUGCCGCUUCCAGAAGCACAUGACGGGCACCAUCGACAACUCGGAGAUCAACUACAGGAUCCUGGCGUCGCCGGUGGACGAGCUGGUGCGCGGGACGAGCUGCGCGGUGCAGCGCCAGCAGCAGCAGCAGCAGCAGUCCCAGCAGCGGCCGCAGCACGGCGGCCCCAGCGGCGGCUACUACGACUCCUGGCUGUCGCUGAUGUCGAGCUGGUGCAGGGACCAGGCUGGAGCGCGCCUCCCCGGCAGGUUCUGCGACCUCUCCAGCUGCCACCGCAGGCCUCCAGCCUCCACGCCGUACUUCCCCGCUUCCUCCUCUUCCAGCAGUGGCCUGGUUGCCUGGCCUCCACCUACAGAGUACGGAGUCGCCACCGUAUCGCCUUUGCUGCUGCAUCGCGAUAAACGUCUCAUCUUCCCAGACACGAUUGCAGAACCAGAAAGCCCACUGUGCUGCUUAUGUCACUCGUGAUGUAUUUACAGUUGUUAAAUUAUUACAAUGGAUUUUCUGGAUGAAGCUUGCUUCAAAGUCAUGAGCAGCGGUUCACGAGAACCCUCUACGUAUUUCCAACGAGCCACUUCACAGAGACAAAAAAAUCGCCAAUCCGUGUCCACAGGAUGUUGAAAACAUUUCAGGACAAAAUUAUGCAGUAAGUAUAAGAUUCUCACCAGUACUUUGAGAAAACGUACUAAUGGUCGAAAAUCAACAUUCAGUGACACAAACAAUUCGCGCAUUUUAGCAGAAACUUAAGCUCGUGCCAGUAGAUCGUAGUGACAGCUGACAGCCUCGAAGCUUCCAUUACAACGAGCCGUAAAAUUUUUCCGCACUCUCUCAAAAAUACCUGCGGUCUGGUCCACCUGGAAAACGUACAUCAACGACUUCAGGUAAUCAUAUUGUAAGACACAAUCCAUAGGUGUAAAAUCCGAAAUGGACAGCACACAGGACCUCCCCUUCCGAAGCAGCAAUGAGGGUCUUGGAUAUUCCGGAAUCCGGCCGGAUAUUCGCGUCGUUCUCGCACGAUAUUUCAACAGCGUGGCUCGCUGUCUUC